AUGAGCCGAUCACCCCCACAUUCCAGCCAACUCCGAUCUGUGGGCUCCCAGGAGGGCCUGGCUCUUCAGCCAUUGCCACCUGCUCCCUCAUGUCCCUCUUGGGCCUCUCUGGGUGGGCCUCCUCCCUGGAGCCUCAGCUGUCUCCUGGCUCUGCAGCAUCUGGUUGUCCUGGCUUCUGUGCUCUGUGUCUCCCACCUGCUCCUCCUCCGCAGUCUCCCCCCAGGAGGGAUCUCUUACUCACCUGUCCAGCUUCUGGCCUCCAGCCUCUUUUCAAGUGGUGUGUCUACUGUCUUGCAAACUUGGAUGGGCAGCAGGCUGCCUCUUGUGCAGGCCCCGUCCUUCGAGUUCCUUACCCCUGCUCUGGUGCUGACCAGCCAGAAGCUACCUAUGACCAUCCAGACACCUGGAAACUCCUCCCUUAUGUUCCGCCUAAAGGAAUGUGUGGGGCCUGGCUGCCAUGGCUUGGAGCUCAGCAACACUUCUCUCCGAGAGGUGUCUGGAGCAGUGGUGGUGUCGGGGCUGUUGCAGAGCACGCUGGGCCUCUUAGGGGGCCCAGGGCGUUUGCUACCCCACUGUGGGCCCCUGGUUCUGGCCCCCGGUCUGGUUGUGGCAGGGCUCUCUGCCCACAGGGAGGUGGCUCUGUCCUGCUCUGUUCACUGGCUUCUGGCCUUGCUGCUUAUCCUGCUCAUGGUGGUCUGUUCUCAGCACCUGGGCUCCUGCCAGUUACCCCUCCUCUCCUGGAGGCCAGCUUCCAGCUUACCAACUCGUGCUCACAUCCCUGCUUUCCGGCUCCUCUCGGUGUUGGUCCCUGUGGCCUGUGUGUGGAUUGUCUCGGCCCUUCUGGGCCUCGGCAGUGUCCCCUUGGAGCUGUCUGCCCCUCCGAAGGCACCAUGGUUUUGGCUGCCGCAUCCAGGUGAGUGGGAUUGGCCCUUGCUGACACCCAGGGCUCUGACUGCAGGCAUCUCCAUGGCCCUGGCGGCCUCCACCAGCUCCCUGGGCUGCUAUGCUCUGUGUGGCAGGCUCCUGCAUCUGCCUUCACCACCUCCACAUGCCUGCAAUCGAGGGCUGAGCCUGGAGGGCCUGGGCAGUAUGCUGGCUGGCCUGCUGGGCAGUCCCAUGGGCACUGCAUCCAGCUUUCCCAACAUAGGCACAGUGAGUCUUACCCAGGUUGGAUCCCGUCGAGUGGUCCACUUGAUGGGGCUGCUCUGCGUGGGCCUUGGACUCUCCCCGAGGCUGGCCCAGCUCCUCACCAGCAUCCCUCUGCCUGUGCUUGGUGGGGUGCUGGGGGUGACCCAGGCUGUCGUUCUGUCUACCGGAUUCUCCACCUUCUACCUGGCGGACAUUGACUCUGGGCGGAAUGUCUUCAUAGUUGGCUUCUCUAUCUUCAUGGCCUUGCUGCUGCCAAGAUGGCUUCGGGAAGCCCCCAAUCUUCUAAUCACAGGCUGGGGCCCCCUGGGUGUGUUGCUGUUCUCACUGCUGUCAGAGCCCAUCUUCCUGGCCGGCUUCGUGGGCUUCCUUCUAGAGAACACCGUUUCUGGCACACAGCUUGAGAGAGGCUUAAGUCAAGGAUUUCUGCCUCCUUUUGCUGCCCAAGAGGCUUGGAGGCCUCCAGUGUCCAGACAGAAGUCUGAACAAGAGUAUGAGCUUCCUCCCUCCAUCCAAAACCUGUGUUCCUGCAUCCCCCAGCCCCUCCGAUGCCUGUGUCCACUUUCCAAGGACAUUGGAGGGAAGGAAGGAGAGCCUUCAGAGCCAGGAGAAUUGGCAGACUUGCUGCCUGGCUUGGAAGAGUCAUGCCCUGGAGCAACCAGAGGAAGGGUUGGGGCUCAGUAA